AUGACUGUGCUGACCCUGAAUUUUGGCCCUGAAAUGGAUUCCUGGCUCCUGGUUUCCAGAACAGGGAGGGAAUACACUUCUGCUAGGGGCGUCUCGCUGAGGCCCCCAGCUUCGGGACUCACGGGGGACGCCUGCCCUGGCAGCCCUGCUCCUCACCGGCCAGGGCUUCCUGCCUGGCCGGAAGGGCAGCAGGGCACAUGGCUUUCCUUCCUGGUGUCUGGCUGUGCCACCCAGGAGCCGGCCCAGCCCCGCUGCGCUUCCUCCCACGCGGAGUGGGGCUGUGCCCGCGCUGGCCACGUGGGCGCCUGGCCUGGCCACCCCUGGGGUCCCUGCCCCCUCCUGGCCCAGGCUGAAGGAUGGACUCCUUGCUCCCCGAGUUCUCACCGCCGCCCCUUCUGGGCCAUUCGCCUGCCUCACAGUGUGGCGGGGACAGGGCCACGUGUGGCCUGGCUCCAGGGGAUCCAGGUGGGAAUAAUGGUGUCCGCCGUGGGGGCAGGUCUGCGGAGUGGCAGCCCUAAGCCUUGUCCUGGGGACUCCACCGUGGGGCUCAUCUGCCAGCCCCCCAACUUUCUAGCCACGGAGCCUAGCAGUCAUCUUGGCGCCUUGGUGUCCACGUUAGUGAUGUGGGGGCAAAGUGGUGGCUUCUACCUCACCAGGCUUGGGCCAAGCAGCAAGUAG